AAAAACCCUCGCUACAAAUUAGUGGAAAGCUUUAGUGGGCGGCAAGUCUUGACUUCUUGUUUCUUCUUCCUCUCCGACCACUAGGACUCCCUCCCUUCUUUUGUUUCCUUUGUCUAGUAGGAAUCAUUCCCAUUCCAUCACAAGAAGCAAGGCCUGGAGUGUUGAAUCUCUGUCUUUUCUUUGUUCUGCAUAGCCUUUGAUUUAUGUGGUAGAUACCCAUUUGGGAUCAGAACAAAACGAAGGAUUUUUGCAGGUGGGGAAUAGAUCAUGGCAGCUAAACCAGAAGAGAUAAGUCACCCACCAAUGGACCAGCUCCAAGGCUUGGAGUACUGUAUUGACUCUAACCCAUCUUGGGGGGAGGCUAUAGCUUUGGGAUUUCAGCAUUACAUUUUGGCCUUGGGCACUGCUGUCAUGAUCCCAUCAUUUCUUGUUCCUUUGAUGGGAGGCACUGAUGGUGAUAAAGUGAGGGUGGUACAGACUCUACUCUUCGUUGAAGGGAUCAAUACUCUUCUACAGACACUGUUUGGGACGCGAUUACCGACCGUAAUUGGAGGGUCUUAUGCAUUCAUGGUCCCCAUCAUUUCCAUAAUUCACGAUCCUGCUUUAACGAGAAUCGAGGACGACCAUCUGAGAUUUCUAAACACCAUGAGAGCAGUCCAAGGUGCUUUGAUAGUGGCAUCAAGCAUACAAAUUAUACUGGGAUACAGUCAAUUGUGGGCCAUCUGUUCCAGGUUCUUCAGUCCACUUGGAAUGGUUCCAGUUAUAUCUCUUGUGGGUUUUGGCUUAUUUGACAGAGGAUUCCCUGUGGUUGGACGGUGCGUGGAAAUUGGCAUUCCAAUGCUUCUCCUGUUUAUAGCAUUCUCCCAGUAUUUGAAAAACUUUCAGAUAAGACAAUUGCCAAUACUGGAGCGUUUUGGACUUCUUAUAUCAGUUACAGUGAUAUGGGCAUAUGCACAUCUCUUAACAGCCGGUGGGGCAUACAAACACAGUCCAGUCACAACCCAGUUCAAUUGCCGAACUGACCGUGCCAAUCUCAUUUCCUCUGCUCCAUGGAUUAAGAUUCCCUACCCUCUUCAAUGGGGUGCUCCUACCUUUAAUGCAGGCCAUGCUUUUGGGAUGAUGGCGGCUGUUCUAGUCUCAUUGAUUGAGUCAACUGGGGCAUACAAGGCUGCAUCACGCCUUGCAAGUGCUACACCACCCCCGGCUCAUGUCCUUAGCCGUGGUAUUGGAUGGCAAGGAAUCGGUAUUCUACUGGAUGGACUGUUCGGAACAUUGACUGGCUCGACAGUCUCAGUAGAGAAUGUGGGGCUCCUUGGAAGCACUCGUGUGGGAAGCCGCAGGGUUAUUCAAAUAUCAGCUGGCUUUAUGAUAUUCUUCGCCAUAUUAGGAAAAUUUGGAGCUUUGUUUGCAUCAAUUCCUUUCACCAUAUUUGCUGCUGCGUACUGUGUUCUGUUUGGUCUUGUUGCUUCGGUUGGGCUGUCAUUUUUGCAAUUCACAAACAUGAACUCAAUGAGGAACCUCUUCAUCACCGGCGUUGCCCUCUUUCUAGGCUUGUCAGUUCCUGAGUACUUCAGGGAAUACACUGCCAGCACCACGCAUAGUCCUGCUCAUACCAGAGCUGGAUGGUUCAACGAUUUCCUUAAUACAAUCUUCUUCUCCUCCUCGACCGUCGCACUGCUUGUCGCCGUUUUCCUGGACAAUACACUCGACUACAAAGACAGUGCUAGAGAUAGAGGAAUGCCAUGGUGGGCUAAAUUCCGAAUGUUUAAAGGAGACAGCAGGAAUGAGGAGUUCUACACCCUCCCUUUCAACCUGAACCGUUUCUUCCCUCCAUCUUAA